CGCCUCGCAAUCUCUGAGAAACGAUGGCGAAACGAGUGCUUGGCAGCGCAACAGUGAACACGCCUAAACAGCUGUACAAAUAUCUACUACGCGAAUGUGAAAAAUUGCCGAAACACGCGCAGCAAUUUUACAAGCAUUCUGUCAAACAAAACUUCAAGCAGCACGCCUCGGAAUCCGAUGAGGAACGCGUGCAGGAGAUCAUGGAGCAGGCGCUGGUAGACGCCAAGUGGGUGAUACAAAAGUACAAUCAGCCAGGCAGUACUCCAACGUCCAAAUGAUAAAUCGACACGAGUCGUAAUCUAUGUGAAGUACAUGUGGCAAAUUAGUAUUAGGUAGAAAAAAAUGAAUUUCGAGGAGGUUGUUAGUGAGAACACUAACAGCAGUGACUCACAGUUUUGGGAAGCCAUCGGGAUCUGGAUGAGAAACCCUCACGUUGUUAAUCGUCGGAUCCUGGCAUCCCAGGAGCUGUUUACAGUUCCUAUCAGCUGCAACAUUUUGGAUAUUUUCAAGUGCAUUGGAAAGCUGCAGAUUCAACCUGAUUAUUUUGAAUGCGAGUCAUCUUCGGGAGAUGCAAAAUAUUUAUUAGACACCCUAGGUAUCACGGAGUAUCGCCAAUCGGUUCAAUGUACAGAUCUAAUUGAGACAGUGAAUGAUGACAAGACUUAUCUGUACGUGAGAAAACUAUUGCCUCGCAAUACGCAAAUAUUUUCACCCACACUAGAAUUCGUGCUUAUUAAUAAAAACUUGGCUAGCGUUACUAGCUUCCACAAACCAAUUAUCCUGGACAAACUGUCUCUAGGUCCGAAUAUAGUCUAUAGGAUACAGCAUCGCGAGUAUGUUUCCAUGUGUAUAAAAGUAUGCAAAUCGGACGACGGUAACUACAACAGGAGCUGCGAUUGGCUCAAAUCCAAGUUUUUCCCACGGCUGAUGAAGUGGAUGGACAGCAAGAAUGAUAGCGCUGGUCCGAGAAUCAGUUCCCUUAGUCUCAUCUCCGUUGAGAAGUACACCUUACUGUACAAUCAGCUGAAAGAGAAAUAUGGCGUAAAGAUGGUGAACGUGUGGCCGGAGAACACCGACCCGGCGAAAUUCGUCUACGAGGAUGUCGCGAUCGCGACUUACCUGUUGUUGCUAUGGGAAAAGGAGAGGAAGGAAAAAGGGAUCCAAGAGCUGCAGUCCUUCGUCGAUCUCGGCUGCGGAAACGGUCUUCUAGUCUACAUAUUGUCUAGCGAAGGUCACAAAGGGAUGGGAAUUGAUUUGCGCAGGAGGAAGAUCUGGGACCUGUUCCCAGAAAGCACUCGUUUACAAGUCAGCACGAUCGUUCCAUCCUCGGAUACGGUCUUUCCCGACGUGGACUGGAUCAUAGGGAAUCACUCGGACGAGCUGACCCCGUGGAUUCCCGUGAUUGCCGCACGCAGUUCCUACGAGUGCCGGUUCUUUCUGCUGCCGUGUUGUGCCUAUGAAUUCGAUGGUAGCAAGUAUCGGCGGUACAACGCUGCCGAGAGCCAGUACUCGGAGUACAUGUCCUAUGUUAGAAGCGUAUGCGAGGGUUGCGGUUUCUUCACGUUAAUGGAUAGACUGCGAAUCCCGUCGACCAAGCGAAUCUGUUUCAUCGGAUGGAAAAGGACUUACGCGAGGGAGAAAACCGCGGCACUGGACGCUGAUAUUCAGAGAAUCAUAAACGCGAGGUCGCAGGUAGAGAGCGGAAAGAGCGAAGCAAAGGACGGCGAUCUGUGGUCGGCGAGUUUCAAACCGAGGGACUCGACGGAACGAACGCGAAACUGUACGAAGUUGGAUAAGGAAUUGAUCCUCGAGAUAGUCAAUGUGGUUGCGGCGCAUCUUCUCCGCGUGAUUCGCACGAUACCAUUGGAGCGGAGACCCGGUGAAACGUGGAACGCCGGCGGACAGAUCGACAUCGGCGAAGUGGCAAAGCUGAUCGCGCCCGAAAAGCUGCGGCAACUGCGAAAUGAAUGCGGCGGCCUGCAAACUUUACUGAAGAAUCACAGUCACAUCUUUUGCGUCGCUCAAGGAAAAGUGCAGUUUCGAAUUCCCGGUACCAUUGACAAGAGGAAGAGAAGGAGAAAAGCUGGCGCACCUUUGAGGAAGGUGAAGCCUUGCUGGUUUCACAAAAAUCAUCCCGACGGAUGUCCCGUUCUCGAAAACGAUUGCGAUUUCCAGCACUGAAUUAUCUUUGUUCUUUGUUGUUCUAUGUUGCAAAAUUUUAUAUACUUGUCUAUGCUAAGUUAAACGUAUAUAUAACAGUGCGUUUUAUUUUAAAUAAAAGAAAAUAAAAAUCAGUUGAA